AUGGAUCUAGAUUCAACUGAAAUAAAUGAUAAAACUCUUGAUCAUCUUAUCUCUGAAAGACAUAGGAGGAUAACAACUUCACUUCAUCUUGAGGAAAAUGAUUAUGAUGAACAUCAGAGUAAAUUCAAAACUUUAUCUGGUUUAUUAAAAAAUUUUAUUGGAGUGAAAGAUAUCGUUUCUUUACGUAUUUCACUUCCUGCACAGCUCCUUGAGCCUAUUGGAAAUUUGGAAUAUUGGAAUUAUAAUGAUAGACCAGAUUAUUUUGUUUGCAUUGGAGAUUCAGAUGAUCCAUUAGAAAGAAUGCUUGCAUCAAUUCGUUGGUGGUUUUCCAAAGACUUAAAAUAUGUGAAAGGAAAAUUGGUAAAACCAUAUAAUUCAAUUCUUGGUGAACAAUUUUCAUGUCAUUGGGAUGUAACUUCUCCAAAUUUUGAUAAUAAAGGAAAUUUUAUUGAUGAUAGAGAAUCAAAUUUAUCAGGAAUAUCAAAUGGGAACCAAAAAUAUCGAGUAACUUGCAUAAAUGAACAAAUUUCUCAUCAUCCUCCUGUAUCAGCAUUUUAUUAUCAAUGUGAGGAGAAAGGUGUUUCAGCUUACGGAAUUGAUCAAAUUUAUGCUAAAUUUACUGGAACUUCUGUUAAAAUUGGUCCAGGAGAACAAAAUAAAGGAAUUUAUAUUAAUUUAGAUAAAAGAGAUAAUGAAGAAUAUUUAUUAACACAUCCUGUUGCUUUGGUACAAGGAUGGUUAAAAGCUUCAUUAUAUAUUGCAGUAGGUGAAUCUUGUAUUGUUACAUGUCCUAAGACUAAGUUAAAGGCGAUUAUUGAAUACAAAGAAGAGAAAUGGCUUGGUAAACCAAAGUUUGCUUUCGAAGGAAAAAUUUUCAAGUAUGAUCCGAAGAAUGAUGAUAUUAAUAAAUUAAAAAAUGUUAAUGAUCAUAAUGUCGUUGCUGAAAUUACUGGAAGUUGGAGAGGUCAAGUACAUGUAACAAGAUGUGAUACUAAAGUGUCCCGAUUAUUACUUGACAUGGAAAAGCUGGAAGCUGUUCCAAAGCAAGUAAAACCACUUUCUCAGCAAGGUCCACUUGAAUCAAGAAAAGUUUGGCAACCCGUUAGUUCUGCUUUAUUCUCAAAAGAUUAUGCUAAAGCAACAAAAGAAAAGCAAAUCAUUGAAGAAAGGCAAAGACAAAAGGCAAGUGAAAGGAAAACCAAUAAACAAGAAUUUGUUAGUGUUUUCUUUAAAUUACCAGUUAUCAAUGGUAAACCUGAAUUAAAAUCCGCUGGUAUUAAUGCUUUAAAAUGA